AUGCAUCAACAUCCCAACUCUAAAUUGGACUCGGAGAUCGAGUCUGAUCAUGAAAGCAGCAGCCAAGUAGCAUCAUCAAACUUACCUGCUAGUGAACCUUCACCGGACCCCUCGAAGGACACCGCCACCACCACCACAACCCUCUCAUCCUCAUCGCUCUCCCUCGACCUCGACCUCUCGCUUCAACUGCAGCACUCCCAAGAGGCUGCUCACCUCAAAUCAGCAGUAGCUGCAGCAGAACACGACUCGGGCAAUGCAGCCGCCCCUGCUACACCACCACCACCAGCUGGAGCCGGGGUACAGCCACGAGUGUUCUCCUGCAACUACUGCAGGCGCAAAUUCUACAGCUCGCAGGCCCUCGGCGGGCACCAGAAUGCCCACAAGCGCGAGCGGACGAUAGCCAAGCGAGCAAUGCGGAUGGGUAUCUUCUCCGACAGGUACAACAGCUUGGCCUCCCUGCCUUUACACGGAGUCUCCGCGUUUCGAAACCUCGGCAUCAAGGCUCAUUCCGCAACUCACCACAGCAACAACAACAUCAUCCCCUUCCAAAGGGUGCAUCCUCAGCAGCAGCAGCAGCAGCCACUGUCGACGGCGAGAUUCGAGCAGAGCUACUACGGGGUGCCGGUGUUGACGACGGCGGCGGAGGAGGAUGAUGUAGGGUUGUAUUGGCCGGGGAGUUUCCGGCAGGUAGUUGCCGCGGGUGAAGGAAUCGGAUUUGCCGUCACUACUAAUCACAAUAACGGCAACCAGCACUUUGGUCAUUUGCAGUUUGCUGAGAGGCGGUCAGACAGUAAUAGUACUAGUAGUUUUGUUGCCAUGGAAGUGGUGGAUUCUUCUUCUCCGGCGCCGGAUCUGACUCUCAAGCUAUAA